AAACAAGGUGAAAAUAUCAGACAGACGUGAACCAAAUAGAUUGCAACGAGUAGCAAAAGAAGAAAUUACAAUGUAAUCCUCUUACCCAAAGACUUGAUGCAAGAUUUAAUUCAAUUUAGUUAGAAGAUAAGAAACGGCAUCUUUACACUACUUAUUAAGAAAGAAGAUGGAUCAGAGAUUUAUCUGCCAAUAACUAUGGAAACUAUAGAUGGUUCAGUGGCUUCACACCCGUUACCCUUACCAAGCAUCAGCAAUCUUGAUACUAGAAUCCGUCAUGCAUCAGAUCCAGGGAAAUCGAAUCGACCACCUUUUUCAAAACGCAAGAGUUUAAUUGAUCAACCUAAAAACACUAUUGAGUACUCUGUGAAUUCCAAUGAUUCCUUGGAUAAAAUCGCUGUGCGAUUUGGUAUCACUGCUUCGGAACUUGUCCGACUCAAUCACCUCAACUCACGGAUGAUCUUUCCAGGACAGAUUUUAUUUGUACCUGAUCCAGAUUCUGAAGAGCCAGUCAGCUUUAGUCCAACCUCACCUGUUGCUAAAACAGGAAUACAGGAUUUACCAGUAGUGAAACAAAAAUCUAUUGAUGUACCAGUAGUUAUGGCAAAAAGUAAAAAUGACAAAAUUUCCAAAUUCAAACUAAGUAAGUCGAAAAGCAGUGACCAGGGAUCUAAGAAACAGAAAUUGAAAUCAUUCCUCCGUAAAAAUAGUGAUCCAAAACCAGGUAAAGUUGUGCGGACCUCGUCAAAGGAAUCUGAGACCGAAAUCGGAAGCAAGCAGUUUCUCAAGUUAAAUGUGAAGUAUAUUACAGAUGGUGAGGGUGUUGUUAAUGGAACUAUGUUAGUUACACCAAAUGCCAUAAUGUUUGAUCCUAACGUGUCAGACCCAUUAGUCAUUGACAGAGGUACAGCACCGUAUGGCGUACUAUCACCAAUGGAUCAAGUUCUCGGUGCUGCUAUGUACAGGGACAUUGCUCCCAUGACAAACAGGGAUGGAACCCAUGAAGUAUACUGCCCUAUACAUACUGAACCUAGUCUGGGUGUAGACCCAUCGGAUCUUAUGAAAGACCGCUCUGAGAGCGUCUGCUCAUGUGGCAAUGGGUCUUUGAAAACUCCUACCCUUGAUGCCACCUUUGAAACCAUGCCUACACUGAUACCAGACCAAAGCAAACAGGAUGAGAAUGAAGUACCCUGUGGGAAUUUAAUAGAUAUCACAUGUUCUGACAAUGAAAAUAAUGCAGAUGAAGAGAGCCCACAGACUUUGGUGUUAGAUCAUAUUGGAGAAACAGACAAGGAGGAAAACAAAAUAGAAAUGACUAACAAAGAAAGAACUGAUACCACAAAUGGUGAGGCUGACGACGGCCAUACCACCUCAUCAUGUGCUGAGUCGUCCCUUUCAAAUAUAGAUGAUCAGGUUGAACCAUCUGAACAUUCCUCAGACUUGUUUGUUAAUAAUGCAGUGGACAAGAUAAUGCAGGAUAUUCUAAAUACUAUUGAGAGUAAGGAAGUUGAAUCAAGACUCAAUGGUGAAGUUGCAGUUUCCUCACAACUUGAUGAUAAAAUCUCAAACCAAAGCAAGCCAUCAGUUAACGACUGUUUACAAAGGUGUAAUCACACCAUUUCUGCUGAUGAUGAACUAUCAAAAAGCCAAAACUUUGUCAAUUUUUCGGCAGGUAUUUUUGUGACAGACUGCCCUAGAUGUUCAGUGGUACCAGAUAUGAAUGAAUGCAUCCAUGACACCACUGCAACGGAACAAGAGUUGCAUGAGUUGGAGGAAGUCGGCAAAGAAAUCAGAAGUGGAUCAACCUCUGAUGAGAACCCCACUAGUCCAACUAUCAUUCCAAGGUUGUGUGACAUUCCUGGUGGUUUCAAAGCUUUCGAACCGAAGCCAGCAAAACCUAAUGAUCAUCCACCCCUGUACCUUUGUUUGAAAGUAUACCGACCGAUGCAAAAAACAUUCAUAGCUAACAGAGAUUCAGAAGCUAUUAAAGCCAGAGGAAAAGUACCUGAAUACUGGUUUGCUAUUCCACGAGACAGAGCGGAUCUUCUGUACGAUUUCUUCCUUCAAUGGUCCCCUGAGGUUUAUGGCAAGGAGGACUUGUACCAUAAUGAAACUGGAUUUAUACUCAUCGACCAGGAUGACGUUUCUAUGAAUAUCGUUGAAGACUUCUUCCAUGAUCCAAUAGAAAAAGACUGGGAGAUUGUUACCAAAGAUGAGGCUAAUCGCCGUCGCAUGACCAUCCUGGAGUGUGAAAGAGACCUUCCUCUCCCCGAUGUUAUCGGGGAGACUCUUUUGCUUACUAAUGAACAUAUACGCCAGUUUGUUGUUGGGAAAUACAUGCCAGCCCGUAUCGAGGGUCACUCAUGGUGCCUAGUGUACAGUACAGCAGAGCAUGGCUUCAGUCUCAAGAGUUUAUACCGAAAGAUGCAAGGGGAAGAAGGUCCAAUGUUGAUCAUUAUCAAAGACACUGACAAUAGGUUAUUUGGUGCCCUCACCAAUUCCCCAAUGAAAAUGAGUGAUCACUUUUAUGGGACAGGGGAGACAUUCCUCUACCAUUUCCUGCCAGAUUUGAUAGUUUACAAGUGGACAGGCGAAAACAAUUUUUUUGUAAAGGGUGACCUCGACAGUAUUGCCAUUGGCGGUGGAGAUGGAAAGUUUGGACUCUGGUUAGACGGAGACUUGUAUCACGGUCGCAGCCAUACAUGUAAAACGUUCGACAAUGAGGUUUUGUCACAAGAAGAAGACUUCACAGUCAGCAACCUGGAGGUGUGGAGUUUUUGUUGCAGCUGAACUUGAACAAGUUAUUUGAGAAAUACACUUAUGUAUUCAUGAACCAUAUGUAGAUUUUCAGUGAAGAUGAACGUGAACAUUUCAAAUGUCUAAAUGGAUUUUCCCAUUGUAAGAAUUAAAUAUGUGUAGUUGAUUAUGAAUUGGACUACUUGUUUAUUGUGGAGGAAGAAUACAUUAUAUUGCGGUCCAAGACAGGGUUUAUGUUAGGGUCAUAAUAUAAUAUGUCACGAUCAUACUAAUGAGAUCUGAAUUAAUGAUCCUACUUUGACAUUGCCUUUUAUGUUCUUAUGUUUUGUAAUUUACGUUUUUUGAAACAUAAUUAUGAGCAGUUUUGAAAUUAUUUCAGAAAGAUAUAAAUUUACAUUAUGGUAUUCAGCAUAAUCUCUCAAUAUUUUGUUUAAAAUUUAAACAUUUUUAAAAAAAUCAAAUAAUAUUUUAUUUUAAGAUGAUGAAACAUUGCUAAAUGGGUUUUGACAGGAUUUGAACCAUUGACCUUUGGGUCAUAAAGCAAGCCUCUUAACCACCAAGCUAUACAGCUCUACCACUUCAUAUAUCACUAAGUUUGAAUAAUGGUUAAUUAAUUUGUAUUGUUAAUAGAAGCAUACAUGUUUGACAUUAAGUGUCAUUACUUAUUCAGAGCCUCCCUUGGAUUUUUUGGGCAUAGGCCUAAACAUGAAAGAUAACCACCCAUUUUCAUGUGAUCUUGUUUUAAAAAUUUGCUUAAAAUGCUUUCACCAAACCCGAUGUCCCUUUGUUUUUUCAAAUGUAUGCCGUAAUUACCAAUUAUUUAUUGGUUGAAUAAUUAUGUCAAGAUUUGUGAUAUCAAACUUUGAUGUACUUGAAUUUAUAGGGUUUGUGCUGAGAUUAAUAUUCUUUGUUAUGGACAAGUGAAAGAUCACCAAUCUAAAAUUGAUUUAUCUUUGCGAGCCGGCUUAACUAGACAGAAUAAUUAAGUAGAGAUGAAAUAUGGUGUUUAGGAGGGGGGGAACAAAGGUUUUGUUGUGUCUAUUCCCCCUCGGGGGCAAAGACACUUUUGUCAUCUGGCAGUUAAAGAUGGCUGAAAUAGUAAAUCCGGUGAGGUGCAUGAUGGGUCACAAGAAGUCAAAAAAAAAAACAUCACACAUUUCCUGAUAAGUAUAGGGCAUAGACACAUGCUCCCACUGGGAGCCUGUUUUUUAGAGAUGACAUUAAGGAACCAUGUCACUACAGUAUAUAUAUCUUGAUAUUUAGGAAAUUAAUAAGACCAAGCACAAAAAAGGAUAAUAUUUCAGUAAUUUCAGAUGAUAUUAAUUUAUGACUUCAUAAACACAUAAUUAUAUAAAUAUUUAUUUUGAAUCUGUUAUUACAUAAAAUAAAAUUUCAUAAAUAGGUUGUAUGAUUUGGUCAAAUUAUUAUUAUUAUUAUUAUUUUCCCAAUAUUAUGCACAAGGAAAUACAAAUCCCACCAAUCUCCUCAGAUCUGCCUGAACUAUUCCAAUCUUGACACCAAUGUUAAUGAAACUACUUCUUUUGCUACUGUGUUCUGCCUGCCUGUUAGCCACCUUGUGACUUUACCACGUCACUCAUGAUAUUUAAUUCAUUUUAAUGCAAUCCAUUAGGAACUAAUGUUCGUGCUUAUAUGCACAUUCCAUACGCACAUUUCUACGUAUGCCUUUUGUCUUCCACCAUUAUACUGUCCACUGUUUUGUACCAUUAUUUUCUGUCGGUACACACAUAUUUUUCUUGCUGCCACAUAUAGAUCCAAUAAACUUGAAAUUAAAAACU